AGUAAUUAUGCUUUACGAACAUGCGACGUUGGACUGUUUAUAAGCACUACAGUACAGCACAGCGUAACACAGACAGUGGUUACUGAGCGUCAUUUUAUUGCAACACCGGCUACUCGAGCUCUCCGUAGUUUUUCGAAUUUGACCAACUUCUACCAUGUCUAGAUCCAUUCAACCAGGUUUUUCCGGGCAGUUGGACCUGACACCGUCCAUCAGCAGUGUGUCCGUAAACUUGUACAAUGCUGCAACCGCACAGACGCCCACGGGGAAUUUAAUGGUCUCGCCGCUGAGCAUUAUGUACUGUACAAUGCUGGUGUUUCUGGGAGCCAAGGGCAAGACCCGGAAUAAUCUUUACACAGCGCUGGAUUUUAACAAAGCAGCUAGGAACGGACAAGCUGCUAAUGAUGCGAUCGUCGACGCCUUCAGCAACUUAAUGAACCAUAUGAAAAUGUCGUCGGUUGCAAAUAAUUCAGUGACUUCCGGCAAGCAUGUUGAAAUGUGGAAGCAAAGUGGGGAUCCUAUGCAGCUGACCUUAGCUAAUGGGGUGUUUAUUCGCAGCGGACUGAAUUUAAACACCAGAUACGCUACUACAGUCAGUAGUAAGCUUAAAGCUACCAUUCAAGAAAAGAACUUCAAGACCAAUAGCGAAGGUGCACGCCGUGACAUUAACCGUUGGGUGGAAAACAACACCGCUGGGAAAAUUAAACACCUGCUUCCACCAGGAGCGGUUACGAAGGACACUCAAGGUGUCAUGGCAAAUGCUAUUUAUUUCAAAGCCUCCUGGGACUCUGCUUUUGAAGAGUCCAACACGUUUAACUCGAAAUUCACUCUACUGAACGGUCGAACCGUUUCCGUCAAAAUGAUGCGCCAAACCACAAAAUGGCGGUAUGCCACUGACGACAGGCUGGACAUUCAGUAUUUGGAGAUACCGUACAUGGAUGACGAAGCGUCUAUGCUGGUUUUUCUACCCAGGAAGAAAGCCGGUUUGCGAGUGCUAGAGCGAGAACUAACGGCGCAGAUGAUUAACGAUCUAUCUAGUCGAUCCAGGAACACAAAGGUCAACCUGCAGUUGCCUAAGUUUAAAGUGGAAAGCCAGUUUGAUCUGAAAGCCUUGUUAGAAAAACUCGGUGUGAAGGACCUCUUCACAGAUGGUUCGGAUUUGAGCGGAAUUGUCAGCCAGGGGCCGGGAUUAAAAAUCUCACAAGGUUUCCAUAAAACCUUUAUCGAAGUGGACGAGAAAGGAACGGAGGCGGCCGGGGCCAGUGCUGUGAUGAUGGUGGAAACUCUCUCGGCCAUUUUUCCUCCCAGAGUGGAACUCCCCAUUGAUUUUAUCGCUGACCAUCCGUUCAUGUACGCCAUCCGGCAUAAUCCGUCCAAAGCGAUUUUGUUUAUUGGACGCCACGAAAGCUUUUAGUUCUUUUCGCAAAAUCUCUACCUUCUGUAACUGUCAACCAAAGAACUCGUGAAAAAAAUGAACGACGUCUGAAUAUACGAGUAUUUAAUUUUGUAUAGGAGUAUACAGAUACAAUCAUUGUUUGUAUUGUACAUUGUGUGUGAAGCUCAAAUACAGCAGCAUGCCAAUCACAGAUUUGAAACUAAUGUA